AUGGAGAGGGUAAGGAACAAUUACAUCUUGCCCUGCCUUCAUGAUUUUCUUCCAACCCCCGGGGGGGCUUCUUCUGGCGUUGGAAGGCCAAGAGUUAUCAUUGGCACCAGCGGCCAGUACUAUAUUUUAGCCUCACGGCUCACCUGCAAGGCCUGUAGGAAGUACUGGCACGCUGACAAGCCCCAGUGGCUGGAGAAGCUACCAGAGCGCUUCAGCAACAUUGUUCCGGCUUUCCUAACUCACAAAAAGGCCAUCUGCAAGUCAGUAAUGGAUGAGAUGAGGCGCAGCGGCAGAUCACCGGAGGACAUCGCUAAGCAGCUGACGGAGGCGCUCCACCUUAAAUAUGAGAGAGCCCACCUGGCCUACCUGCUCAGUGUGCAGAACGUCAGGGAUGCUGAGGCAGGAUUUUACGGCCAGAGAACCAUCACUGGGCUUCUCAGACAGGCAGACACUCCGGCUCCAUUCGGUGGAUACUCAGAUGCUGACGGCUGGUGUGGAGUGUCUAUUUCUUCUCACUACCUGGUCGACUGCCUGGUCCGUGAGUUUCAACGGCAGGAGCAGCUCCUCACUCUGUUGCUACAGGGGACCUUUGGACAAGUACUCAGGUCAGAUCACACACGCAAAGUGGCUAGGAAGGUGGUGCUGUCAUCCGGCACAAUGUCUUCCUAUGCCAUAAUGAAUGAGAACUGGAUGAUCUUGAGCUGGGUGAUGCUGCAGUCGGAGUGCGAUCGGUCCCUCUAUCCUCUGUAUGAGGGGCUGUCUCGGCGCUACACUGCAGCUGGAGUGAGGAAGGCAAGCUACCAGUGGGUUGACAGGGACUGCUGUGCUGCCUUCAAGGUCCUGGACCCUGGUCAUCAGGAGCACCUGCUGUGGGACUGCUGGAGGACAUCAGAGGCCACCGUGGCGAAGGCGACCUCUGGCAACCUGGCCAACAACAGUGCCUCGAGGAGCAAGUUUAACAAAGACAUUGCCAUCAAGUUAGACUUGUUUCACUGCAUGAGGCGCUUUACCAGGGAGUGUGUGUCUGAACAUCACCCUCUGUUCAGCUCCUUCUGCCAGUUCCUCUCUGCAGCUUUUGUUGUGGUGGACCAGAGGGAUCUACAAAGGCUCACAGAGGCAUACACCUUCUGUGGAAUCUCUCCUGCAAAUCCGACAAAGCAGCACAUAAGAGAUCACUGCAGGACAAAGGUGCCACAGCCGAGGGAGCUGCUGCAGAGGGUUGAAGAUGUGUUGCACCACUUCUACCUGGCAAAGGACGCCAAUGAUGUGCCCCUGUUUAAGGCGCCCAUGCUGAAGUUGUGGAGGAUCCAACGCGUCCACAUCCUGAGAGGCUGCCUGAGCGACCCUGACGUCGGGGAGGGAAUUCUCUACAGGUAUGGUGGCACCUUGCAGCUCAACUACAACAAGGGUGCAGGAGCCACUGUACCUGUUUGGAUUCCAGUGAGAGGCACCUCUCAGCAGGAGGGCUUCCACUUUCACCAAGCCCAGUGGGUGACAGGCAACCGGGUGUCCUGUGAACUUUUCCAGGCCCAGGCAAUGACUGGAGUGGUGCGGUGGAACUUCCAGAGGCUGGUGGACCUGAAAAAGCCUGGUGUGGAGCUGCCAGCUGUGUUCGACCCCCUGUUAAUUUCAGGACUGAACACAGCCUCUGUCAAGUUGACAGGCCAAGCAAAAUAUCCCAGGCUGCAAAAUACAAACAGGGACACAGGGGAGAGAUUUGGACUGCAGUUUGUGGAGCCAGGUUGUCGUCCUGUUGUGUUGAACUGGGACAAGCACAAGGUACAGCCCAACAUCCCAGCUGCUGUAGCCAUGGAGACAGAGGAUCACUGCCCUGCUGCUGUGGUGGACACAGACUCUCAGGAGACCAGUGAUGAGCCAGUUGGGGCGGUGCCCAUCCUAUCUUUCCAGCAGGGCACUGAAACCAUUUCCCAAUCCCAGCAGUCCCAGCAGUCCCAGCCACCCUUGAUACCAGCUGCGGCCAGAGCCAAAUCCGAGACUCAGUCUUUGAUGGAUACAGGGGUAGCACCGCUGUUUGUUUCCUUCCUCUCCCCGGCCGCGCCCUGGACCAAUCAAGACGGGAGGCCUUGUUCAAGUCUUGGACCACAGCCGGUGGACAGAAGCCAUGAGAGCGGCCAUCGACGGGCUUCUGGUUAA